UAAACAGCAGGUUUGAAAUUCGGAAUAUAAUUAUGAGAAAUUCACAUUGUUUUUAAAUUACAAAGCAAUGACAUUCUACUCAUUCCUACGAGAGUGCUAUCAGAACAUACCAGGACUACAUGGUCCACAGUACGCUUGUGCGUACGACGGAAACUUCAUUUGAAGGAAGUCGUGGGAAAGUUAUGAGAUGUAGCUGGAUACUCUUGACUGAAGGGAUUUAGUAAUUGUACAAGUUAAUAGAAAAAAAGGUUUAAAAUUGUGUACAUUUGUGCAGUCGGUAUAAAUAAUCACGCACAGCUGACAGCGUUUGCACAUACAAUAAAAAUAUGGACAAACAUCUAUAUACAGAGAAAGGAAGCAGGGAUGAACAUGUGAAAGUGACCAGUCACUGCAAGCCAGGAUUUCUAGACCGCCUAAGUGAAACAGCUGGUGGCAUGGCUAUUGGUGUUCUUAUGUUUGCAUUAUCUUUUUAUCUUCUUUUCUCCAAUGAGGGUCGAGCUUUGCAGACUGCUAAUUCACUAAAUGAAGGCCUGUCUUUGGUGGUUUCUCUUGAAGAUGUCAAUUUUGUUAAUCAGCAGAUUGAUGGAAAACUGGUGCAUCUGACUGGACCACUCAGGACAUCCAAGCCGCUUUUUGACCCAAACUAUGGAAUCUCUAUACAAGCAGCGAAACUGAAACGGCAAGUUGAAAUGUACCAGUGGGUUGAAUAUGAUGAUUCAAGGGAAUAUGAAGAGAAUGGGGAAGUGAAAAAAGAGACGCGAUAUUCCUACAACACUGAAUGGAAAUCUGAAGUUGUGGAUAGCAGAAAAUUUGAUCGUGAGAUUGGGCAUGAGAAUCCCAGUGCCAAGGCUGUAGAAUGCUUCACUGCUGCUGCUCAUGAUAUUGCCUUGGGAAAAUUCUUACUCUCCAAAGGUUUAAUUGAAGAAAUUAAUAAUUUUAAGCAGAUAAGUCUGGCAAAGCUGGAGAGUCCUCAUGCAGAAAUCGUUGUUGAUGAAGAUUAUUUCUACCACAGCUCAAACCCUAGAAGACCUGAAGUUGGUGAUCUCCGUGUCUCUUUCUUCUAUGCUGGACUGAGUGAAGGAGAGUCUAUGCAGAGCCCAGCAGAUGUGGUCACUGUUGUAGCACAGCAAAGAGGAAGCCGGCUGGAUUCUUACAAAACCAAAUCUGGAGAUGAGCUGGAGAUUUUAUACAUGGAGUCCCUGUCUGCAAAGGAAGUGUUUGAGAGGCAGCACGAGGGCAACUUCAUGAAAACGUGGGCCUUGAGAGUUGGUGGUUGGCUAAUGAUGUUUGUGGGUAUAAACCUGAUGACACGAAUCCUCCAUACAUUAGUGGAUUGGUUCCCUGUUGUCCGUGACCUGGUCAACCUUGGUCUGAAACUCUUUGCAGCAUCUGUGGCAACUUCUCUUUCCUUGUUGACAGUUGCAGUGGGCUGGCUGUUUUAUCGUCCGAUUUGGGCUUUGCUGAUCGCAGUUUUAGCUCUUGUACCAAUUGUGCUUGCAAAAACUAGAGUUCCAUCAAAGAAGAAUCAGUAGGGGAGAAGGGAUAAAGAAGAAUCUGUGCAAACUCGUAUCUGAAGGAAGAUGAACUCUGCAGGGCUUUUUUCAUGUUGGUGCUGCUUAAAAUAUAAGAUUUGAUUGUAGAUAUAUGGAGUAAUGAUUAUGUACUAUGUUCAAGGAUGCUGAUUUAUCAUUCUCAGACAUUGAAAUUUCAUUUUCAAGCAGUGAAAUCCAGAAAUUGUAACCGUGUUGUUGAAAUGUCAUUUUCUAUCACUACCAGGACUUCAUUAUAAUUUUCUACUGCUUAUAAGAUUAUGAUAUACAUAUAAAGUGUGUGUAUGUAUAUAUAUAUAUAUAUAUAUAUA